GAGCUGCACCACGCUGUAGACGUCGAACAAGGUUCAACAAAGCUCGUAUCUUUCCGUAUUCUAUGGUCUAUAUCCGCCUUGAAUCAGCGUAUCUGGAGGUAUCAGCCGGAGCCAAACAGCGGAAAUCACUGACAACAAUAAGAUGACGGGACGGCAGGCACUGCCGCACCCCAUCGGGCGUCGGUCUCAUGAUAGUAGACCUCCCUCGCCGACGAGUAAUACACGAAGGGACCGCAGGCGGACGUCGUCAGAUGCGACGCCGACGACACCGAAAGCGUCCGAGCAGCCGUUCCCAUCGUACCUCGACGCAGCGCCGAGCGCGACAGGGACGUCGAGGCGCCUGGGCUUCCUCGGCGACAUACUCUCUUCGAGCUCCUCGCUGAACCGGGAGCGUGACAAAGAAAAAGAAACAGCCGGAGCCGCUGUUGUGUCUGCGAUCAGGACGGGAACACCGAUCCCUGCACAGCUGCUGCCACCGCGGACGCACUCGCGCGCCGACUCUGCGCUCAGCGCCCUCUCCGUUCCCCGGGACUCGUCGGCCUCGCCAGCACCAGCCAUGGCGUCCUCGUCCAGCACCCCGGCGAGCACUAGCCUCAAGUCGCACACGUCCCCAUCAAAGCCCGCCUCGGGGAGAACAUAUGAUUCGAAGCUCGUGUCGCGCGAGAUGCAUCGUCUGGGGAACCUCGCGCACCUCCCGGGCGUGGUCGCUGCCGCCGCUUCUGCCACCUCGCUCGCGCUCCCAGGAUCCACGCCCGCUAUCCAAGCUCCUAUGAUGGCCACCAUCAGCUCGUCCGACAAUCCAUGGGCCCAGCUGCAUGUGCACGUACUGCCGCUGUUCAACGGCGAACCGCUCAGAAUUCCGAUUGAAGACCUGAACGCGCUGGUGAAGAAACACAUACAGACGGUCAUCUCUGCCUCGCCGCCUCGAGCGGUGGCUACUCUCGAGCACGAUGCAUCAGAGCUGAUAGCAGCGGGCAUGGUCACGUUCAACGCGAAGCUGGUCGGGGUGGAGGACGAAGAGCUGGUGCGGAGGGUCGUAGAGCGAUGGAUAUUCUUCUGGGAUCAGGUUCUACCUUACGUCGAAGGGGCUCUCCUCCCAUUGCAAACAGACCCCCUCCUCCUCGGCCUGUACCGCCCCGCCAAAACACACCGCUCCUCCUCCCCGACACGCCCCGGCACCCUCAUCUCCUCGCCGCAGAUCGACGUGCGCACGGUCGCGCUACGCGGCUUCCGCGACCGCGUCAUCCUCCCGCUCUUCCCGCGCCUGAACGCGCGGCUCGAGAUCAUGAAGCGCGAGAUGAAGGAGGGCCUGUUCGGCGGCGGACCCGGGGAGAAUCAGAUCAUGCCGCGGCUGCAGCAAAUGCUUCUGGUGCUGGCGUCGCAGACUCGCCAGCGCCCGAGCACGCUCUCGCUCACGGAGCCUGCCCCGCAGCCCACCGCGGGCGAGGUUGCGAUCACGCAGCUGCUCCGGACGAUCCGCUCUCCGCUCUCGACGCUGCCGACGAACGCGACGAUGCGGCGCAGCCGUACGCCCAGCUUCCUGAGCGGGCAGGUACCGCGGGACAGAAGGGGAAGGAUUGGGCAGAAGCCCGGGUGGAUGCGCGCCGAGAAGAUUCUGGGGAGAGGGGACGAGGACGCGGACGAAGAUGGAGGUGAGACGCCGCGGAACCUGGGUUACUUCGAGCGGUCGGAGAGGGAGAAGGAGCGCGAGUUUCUCGAUUCGCUGCGGAGCCCUGAUCCUGAAGGUGCCAAUGCGCGAGCUAGCGGGGGUUGGGGCCUGGGUGGAGGCAUGGAGGAGCAGGCCAAACCGGAGGAGGACGACGAGGAUGAGGCCCUCGAUUGGGAUCAGGCGCAGGCUGUUGUGGAACGUAUGGUGGGCAUGAAGCCGAAUGAUCAGCAGCCGAGUCGGAGGAUGACAUGAGCGUUGGCGCAUUGGUCUUGUUAUGUGUUGCUUUCACUUUCAAUCUGCAUCUGUAGUCCCGCUAACGGUAAAUUAUGCAUAUGGUGUAUUUGUAGUAAUCAGCACUAAAGUAGGUCCAGCACAGUAAUUCCUUGAUCUGAUCUUGCUCCGCCCCCGGAGAAGCAAUUCCUUUACCUGGGCCGGGACAAAUCACUGUCCU